AUGUCUGUACCCGAGAAAUUACCCAAGAUUGGCUCCAGCGACCAUUACUGCUUUGUUGUCAGGCAGAAAUUGCCUCGAGCAAAACCACCGCCCAAAGAGACUAUCUUUAGACGAGACACCCGUGAUAGUCGAAUUCGAGAAUUUGGCCAGUGGAUAACCUCGUUUUCAUGGCAAGAGGUGAUCUCGAAAGGUUCGUGUCAAGAUAAAUUUGAAUGUUUCCAUUGUACUCUUUUAGGAGCUGUUGAAAAAUAUUUACCUAUGAAGGCAGUACGUAAAUGCCGCUCCGACAAGCCUUGGAUGACAAGCAAGAUAAAAUCAUUGAUUAGGAAAAGGCAAACAUGUAUGGCAAAAUAUGGGAAGGAGUCCUCUUCCUUCAAAUUUUGGAGAAAUAAAGUUGCUCAAUCCAUCAAAGAAUGUAAGGAAUCGUAUUAUAAGUCUAAAGUUAGAAACCUAAAAGUCACAGACGCAAGCAAAUGGUGGAGAGAGGUUAAAAAUCUUUCUGGUAUGGCUGACAGAAAUAACCAAUGGUUUGAGCACCUCAUUGACGGUGAAACUGUAGAUUCCGUCAAUACGUUAUGCGAAAGAAUCGAUCAUUUCUUUGUAAAUCUCACAAAAGAUUUUACACCCCUCUCACAGGACGAUGUUUCUAACUAUUCUGCUGGUGAUUCUGGUAUUGCGGAUGAUCUCUUGGCUUCAACUGGCGAAGUUUAUAAAUCUCUUUGUUCUUUAAAGACAGGGAAAGCCCCGGGACCGGAUGGAAUCUUGAAUGUAAUUCUAAAAACGUUUGCCUUUGAGUUAGCGCCAGUAAACGCUGAUAUUUAUAACUCAUCCUUACGUGAUGCCUAUUUGCCUCCUCUAUUAAAGAGAGCAACUGUUACACCUCUUCCCAAACAAUCUCCACCGGGCUCCAUUGAAAAUUGUAUCAGACCCAUCUCACUCACUUGCAAAAUUGCUAAAGUGAUGGAAGGUCUCACCUUAGCGAGAAUCCUGCCAUCCAUUAUAAGUCACUUGGAUAACAAACAAUUUGCUAUGGCUGGAAAAUCUACGCAACAGGCUAUAGUAUAUAUUCUCCAUCUAGCCCUCAAGGCCCUUGAUAAGGGUGGUUGCACCCUCCGAUUUUUCUUUGCUGAUUUCCGCAAGGGAUUCGAUCUGAUUGACCACAAGCUUCUACUUGAUAAACUAUCUAAACUUGGCACUCAUAACGUUGUGUUAGGAUGGAUCGCUGCCUUUUUAUAUAAAAGGUCUCAGUUCGUUCGUAUUGGGUCGGAUGCAUCUACACUUCAAUAUAUCAAUGGUGGUAUUCCACAAGGUACUAAGCUUGGCCCGAUCCUCUUUGCCGUAAUGGUGAAUGAACUUUUAUCUGCGUGGGGCCCCCGUGCUAAGUUCGUUGAUGAUCUUACCGCUUUGGAAAUUGUACCUAGAAAUUCCCCUUUCUUGAUGAAUCAUACCAUGGCAGAUAUUCACUUGUUUGCUGAAGUGAACAAUAUGAAGCUGAAUCCUGCCAAGUGUAAAGAUAUGAUUGUUAACUUUCUUCAUUUCAAUACCAGUGUUUUGCAACCUAUCAUCAUUGGUGCAACACGCGUGGAAUCUGUUUCAUCAUUUAAACUGCUCGGAAUGUAUGUUACCAGUGAUUUAACAUGGUCUGUGCAUUGUGAAUACAUUAUUAAGAAAUCCAAUAGGCGUUUAUAUGCAUUGAGGAAGCUUAAGAGGAGUGGGGUAGCCCCAACAGACAUCCUAUGUGUUUAUUGUGCAAUUAUAAGAUCAGUAUUGGAAUAUGCUUCUGUCGUUUUCGCCAACCUUCCUCAAAAUCUUAGCGACGAUCUUGAAAGGGUCCAGAAACGAGCACUGGCCAUAAUAUACCCUAACUGUUCCUAUGAUGAUGCCCUAAAACUAGCUGGUAUCGAACCGCUUGUCUUACGGAGGGAUGCCGCCUGUAAGAGAUUUGUGGAGACAAUCCUACCUGGAAACCCACUCUAUCCAAUUGUUCAUAGCCGGUCAGCACCAGUGAACCAUGGUUAUAAACUUAGAUCUGACAAUGUUGCGAGGAAUAUCAGGAUGCGAACAGACCGGUUUCAGAAAUUCGUUACCAUUAAGUAUGCGACCUGA